UUUUGUAGCUCUUAUUAUGGCAUGUCUGGCCUCUUUGGAUGCUGUCUCUUUAGAUGUGGACUUUUGGUAACUUUUUUAUCUUUUUUUUUCUUUUUUGACGAAAUGAAACAUUUAUCAACAUCCUUUCAUUUUUCUUUCUUUUGUAGUUGCAGAUUUUUAGGGUGUGAUUUUAUUAUUUGUUUAUUUUAUAUUUUUUAAUAAACUUUUGCUAAAUGUUCAUUUGUUUCUUCUUUUUAGGCAACUGAACUGGCUGAAUUACUUUGGAUGUGCAGGACC